AUGGGCGUCAAGGGCCUGACCUCGUUCGUCCGCUCGGCGUCGCGCGCCAUCUCGGACGAGGUGACGCUGCCCGUGCCCAACACGAGCGGCACGAGGCCCGGUCCCCUGGUCGUCGACGGCUGGGCUUGGAUCUACACCAUCUUUCUCGCACACUUCCCAGACAAUGUGCGCGGCGGCGACUACGCCGGAUACUCGGCCUUUAUCUCGUCGGUCGUCUCGGCGCUCCGCUCCGCCGACCUCGACCUGGUCUUUGUCUUUGACGGGCCUUACCUGCCCCUCAAGCUGCCCACCGUCAUCAAGCGCAGCAACGACCUCGCUUCCAUCAACUCGGCCUUUAUGAGGUCCACGUCCCGCUCCAGCGUCCGCUUCCAGGCCCAGAUGGGCAUCGUCCCGCCGCUCCUCUACGACUGCACCCUCGAGACGCUGCGCAACGAGGGCGUCGAGAUCGUCAUUGCAGAGUGCGAGGCCGACUCGGCCGUCGCAGAGACGGCAGAGAGGAUGCAGGGCUGGGCGCUCAGCAACGACAGCGACUUUUUCAUCCUCUGCUCCCGCGGCGUCGGCUGCAAGGGCUACGUCCCCAUCGAUACGCUCGAGUACCUCGUCAGGCUACCAUCAAAGGCCGCACCGGUCGAGGCUGCAUCCCAGGCUGGCGAUGCGCAAGGUGACGACGAUGGCUUCGCGCAAGUCGGCAAGAAGGGCAGGAGGGGCAAGUCGUCGCAAGGGGCGGCAGCAUCGUCGCUCGAAUUGCCGCCGGAGACGGUCGCCAGCCGACCGCCACAGAGCGCCGAAGAGGGCGAGUUGAUAGGAGUCAGGUUUUCCUCGUACUCGCCCAUGAAGCUGGCGUCCAGGCUCGAGAUCCCGCUGGGCAUGCUUCCCCUGUUUGCCGCCAUCGUCGGCAAUGACUACUCUUCUGCAGUCCAGACCAAGAUACUCGGGCAGGCGCUGCCGAAUGGGCCGGAUCGGAUCACCAAGGUGGCGGCGAUACUCAAGGAGGAGCGACAGAGGGUCGCCUCCGGCCGCUCGACGCCAGCCACUGCAGGUGCGCGGUCAGGCGCAUCGACGCCUCUGCCACGCCGGAACGGGCCGCUGGCCUUUACCGCCCGUGCUGGCGGUAUGACAUCCAGCUACUCUUCGGCCGCAUCGGACAUUGCAACGCCCACUCGCAGCGGGCCUCACCCUGCCCCUGACCUCGCUGCUUUGCCAGUGGACCCCGUUCGGGACAUGGUCCAGGGCGUCGUCGAACGCAUCCUGGCGCGGGCCGAGAAUACUGCGCUGGCGCGCUACGUUUCGAGCGGCGAAAAGGCCGAGGUGGUCGACAGCAUCAUCGAGUCGGUCUGCACCUACUCGCUCCUCACCCUCUCGUCGGCGCCGCACCUCUCCAGCCCCAACGCCAAAUUUUUCAACUUUUCCUCGUCGUCUGCCGCAGCCUCGGUGUCCGAGGAGAGGGCGUCGCUGAUCCGCGAGUAUCAGCAGCUCUACGCGUCGGGCCGCUUUGACAAGAGCUUCGUCGAGGCACUGACGCAGCGCUUCUACCUCUGCAAGCUGUCGUCCGAGGACCCAGACAUCCGCAGUGUCCAGGUCACGCACGCGCGAGCGCUGCGGAGGUGGCUGUGGGCGGUGCUGUUCGAGGUAUGGGGCAUGGACUGGGCCAGGGAGACGAUGGAGGAGCCGGAGAUCGAAGACGACGACGGUCAGGGCGACAAGGUCGAUGGCGAGGGCCGACCGGUCAAGCUGUACGGCAAGGGCAAAAGCUGGAUCGACGAGGACGGCGACGACGAUGAGCUGGUGCAGGUGCAGACGCCGCCCUCGAGCGUCGACGGAUCCUCGGUCGCCGAGUCGGACGUCGAAUACAGCGAAGACGAGGCGGCGGAUGUCGAUCCGGAGAACCUGCCCUCUCGACCGGGGUCCGUCAACGGCGACGACGAGCAGCUCGACGAGGCUGAGGCCGGCCCCAAGCCUCCUCCGGCCGUGGUCGAGUACGCGAGGCGGGGCGAUCGUCUGGUCGGAGAGCUGUGCGAGAUCCUACCGAUCCGCACGCUGCUCGCCGAGUCGGCCAGCUCGAGGCAGCAAGAGCUGCCCGCAGCCCUGAAGGGGUUCCUCAGCGGCAAAGAAGACGACGGCACUUCACCGUCCGCUGCACCGGUCGCAGGUGCAGACCAGGACACGCGCCUCUCGCUCUACCUCUACGCCCACUGCGCCCCGUCACUGCCGAGCGACCAUGCUUGGGAGCGGGGCUACCUCCUGCUGCUCGCCACGCUCCGCUUCCUCAUCAUCUGCGAACGCGAACGCCUGGGCGAGUCGUACGUCAAGUCCAACUGGACGAAGCUCGAAAUCAUCGCUGCCAUUCUGAGCGCGACGCGGCCGUCCUACGUCCUCUCGCUCGACUCGGCGGCGACGGGGGCAGCACCGACGACACGCUCGAUCCACCUGCAGACGUCGCUGCAACUGACGCUCAUUUCGAGCCAGCACCUCGCCCAGUCCCUCCGCCUCGUGCCCGGCGUGCUCGACAAGACGCCGAGCCAAGUCGUCAACGGCGAGGCCUUCCACCGCAUCCUCCUCUCGUCCGCCUCGCCCACCUCGUCGCCGCUGGAACGGUACGAGGCCGAACUCUCCAACGCCGAGAGGCAGAUGCUGCAGUACGUCCUCCAGGAUGGCGUCGACGAGAUGCUGAGCAUCGACGUCGACGCCAUCCGGCGGGAGAAAAAGGAGGCCAAGAAGAAGGAGAAGCGCCUCGAAAAGGUCAAGAAGGACGAGGAGGAGCGGAGCAGGAAGAAGCAGAUGGAGCUCAAAAAGGCCGGGAGCAACGCCUUUGCCUUCCUCGGCGAGGAAGACGAGGGCGACAGCGACGAGGACGAGGAAGAGGACGACGAUUAG